AUUGAGCUGCAUGAAGAUACUGUAUUUUUUGUCCACCGGAAACAAGAGCAAAGCUGCAUAAUCAAGAAGCGUCAUUAACCCGGCGGAAAGAGGAUACCCUUGCACCACGAUGCGGGCGCAGCUCAUGAGGCCCGCGUUAGCUGCGGCCUCAGGGCAUAGAUUGGUUAGAACCAAGGUCGCAUCAGGUUUAGGCGGAGGGUUGUUGUGCCCCUUAGCGCGGCGGCGACCGAUGCCGGCCGGUCUCGUUCGCUCCAGUUCGCCUGAGACUGAGGAGGCGCGCUCUCCUUUAGAUGCUCCUCAGGAGUGGGAGGCUCCUAUGCCAAGUAAACGGCCUGAUAUCUUCCCAGAGUUCGAGAAACCGCAGCGAGUUUUCCUACCAAAACCGCUGCCUGGCGACCCGGAGAUGCCGGACGAGGAGCUAGAAGAGAGCGCCAAGCGGACGACACCUGGAGAUCCAGACCCUGAGCAGAAGCCGGGAGAGCCUCCUGAGGAGCCUGAGAAGCCUGCAGAGCCUGGCCAACCAGAGCCGGAGAGGAAGACUGACAUCCCGACCGUACCCGAGCAAGGGGCUUUUGUGCUGUCUAAUUAUAGACAAAGGCGCCAUCUAUGCAGGCGUCGCCGCGUCAGGCGUGCUGCAGGCGGCCUUCCUGAACUGAAGCGUGUCGCCAUCCAAGAUGUGGAGAGGUUGGGCAUCCCUUUGCCAUCUGGGUCAGUGUGGAUGUGUGACCCUCGCGACGAUGCCCGCGAGACGCGAGCCCUUGUCAGCCAGGCCGAUGCGGCGCUCCCGACGGACCUUGCAUUCAGUCUGCGAAGUCAGCCGCCGCCGUUACCGCUUCCGGUGUGGUGCAAGGUGCUCAAUGCUUUAUCUCCAGCAGCAGCAUUCACCAACUCUCAACGCAUGUGAGGGUAUAGGAGAAUACUUCACGUUUUCCUAUCUGACCACCAUCCCUUCCGAUAAAAAAAGUUGUUAAGGAAGAGGGUUUCGUUUACCACGUUGCAAUCGUGUUGGUAACCCAGAUCGGGCGCUAGCGGGCUAGCGCAGGUUUCCUGGCAAUACAGCGCGUUGGCUGCUGUGCCGCACGUGUGCAUGGUUAUGGUGUAUACUGAUUGACUGCGUGAAUGUGAACGUUGCGGGGCAUACCUGGCAUGAAUCAUGGCCGGGGGAAGGCACACUGACCUGGCUGACCGGAAGAGUUGAAGUCCAGGGAAAACUGAUUGCCACGCCUUGGAGUAUUGAGAAUGAUACUGAGAGCAAAGUUUGAAUUGUGUUCUCUGUCGGAUUGUUAACAGAUGCAGUCGAGGAGCAUAGGCUAACGGUGACGUCUGCAGACACGGCCUGUAAGAAUAUAGGCUUGUUAGGAGAGACAUUCAUGUUGAGAUGGAGGCGGCGCGCAAUGCACCGUCCAUGGAUUUGCAUUGGCGCCUUAGCACGAUUCAUACAUCACUCCAACGCCGCCGGCCGCCGCACCCGGCCCUCGCAGCUCUCCAAAAUAAGGAACGUGUAGUCUGAAUACGACACCGUUCCUCUACUUGUAGCCCAGCGCCUUUCAGCCUCCCCUGCAGAAUUCUGCUGGGUAACUGGCUGCACCGGGCCGAGGCCUUUUCUGUACCACCUGAACCAUGACUGAAAAUGAGCCUAUGUCUUUAAUGUUAGGUAACUUUG